AUGAUUCUGCGAAACCCACUAAAAUCUCCUUUUAACUCUGAACUAUCGAUCUUCAAGGCACUGCUCAUGUCAACGAUCACAGAAUCUAUAUCCAAUGAUUACUCUCGUUUCAUCUCUAUCCUUGGAGUUUGCAAAACGACGGACCAAUUCAAGCAAUUACAUUCACAAAGCAUUACGAGAGGUGUAGCACCAAACCCAACAUUCCAAAAGAAGCUCUUUGUCUUCUGGUGUAGUCGUUUAGGUGGCCAUGUGAGUUAUGCAUACAAGCUGUUUGUGAAAAUACCUGAACCAGACGUGGUUGUGUGGAACAAUAUGAUCAAAGGUUGGUCAAAGGUGGAUUGUGAUGGUGAAGGAGUUAGAUUGUAUUUGAAUAUGUUGAAGGAAGGUGUGACUCCGGAUAGCCACACGUUUCCUUUCUUGUUGAACGGUCUUAAGCGUGAUGGAGGAGCUUUGGCUUGUGGUAAGAAGCUGCAUUGCCAUGUUGUGAAAUUUGGAUUAGGUUCUAAUCUUUAUGUGCAGAAUGCUCUUGUGAAAAUGUACUCUUUAUGUGGACUAAUGGAUAUGGCUCGUGGGGUUUUCGACAGGAGAUGCAAAGAGGAUGUGUUCUCGUGGAACUUGAUGAUCUCUGGGUACAACAGGAUGAAAGAGUAUGAAGAAAGCAUUGAGCUUUUAGUGGAGAUGGAGAGGAACUUGGUUUCUCCAACUUCUGUUACCUUACUUCUUGUUCUCUCGGCUUGUUCUAAGGUGAAAGAUAAGGAUCUCUGUAAAAGGGUUCAUGAGUAUGUUAGUGAGUGUAAGACUGAACCCAGUUUGAGAUUGGAAAAUGCUCUGGUCAAUGCAUAUGCUGCGUGCGGGGAAAUGGAUAUAGCGGUGAGGAUUUUCAGGAGUAUGAAAGCUAGGGAUGUGAUUUCUUGGACAUCUAUCGUGAAAGGGUAUGUUGAGAGAGGGAAUCUGAAGUUGGCAAGGACAUAUUUUGAUCAGAUGCCAGUGAGAGACAGAAUUUCGUGGACUAUUAUGAUUGACGGUUACCUACGAGCUGGUUGCUUCAAUGAAUCUCUGGAAAUAUUCCGAGAGAUGCAAAGUGCAGGUAUGAUACCCGAUGAAUUCACCAUGGUUAGUGUUCUCACAGCUUGUGCUCAUCUGGGUUCCUUGGAGAUAGGUGAAUGGAUUAAGACAUACAUAGACAAAAACAAGAUCAAGAACGAUGUUGUUGUGGGGAAUGCUUUGAUCGAUAUGUAUUUCAAAUGUGGGUGUUCUGAGAAAGCACAGAAGGUUUUCCAUGACAUGGAUCAGAGAGACAAAUUCACAUGGACAGCCAUGGUUGUUGGUCUUGCCAACAAUGGACAAGGUCAAGAGGCCAUUAAAGUUUUCUUUCAAAUGCAAGACAUGUCAAUACAACCAGAUGACAUUACUUACCUUGGCGUCCUCUCUGCUUGUAACCAUAGUGGUAUGGUAGACCAAGCAAGGAAAUUUUUUGCCAAGAUGAGAAGCGACCAUAGAAUUGAGCCAAGUUUAGUACAUUACGGAUGUAUGGUUGACAUGCUUGGUCGAGCUGGGCUAGUUAAGGAAGCAUAUGAGAUACUAAGGAAAAUGCCAAUGAAUCCAAACUCGAUUGUGUGGGGAGCUCUACUUGGGGCUUCUAGACUUCAUAAUGAUGAACCAAUGGCUGAAUUGGCGGCUAAGAAAAUCCUUGAGUUAGAACCUGAUAAUGGGGCUGUUUAUGCUUUGUUAUGCAAUAUAUAUGCAGGUUGCAAAAGAUGGAAGGAUUUGCGAGAAGUGAGAAGAAAGAUCGUGGACGUUGCAAUUAAGAAGACACCAGGCUUUAGUUUAAUUGAGGUAAACGGUUUUGCUCAUGAAUUUGUUGCUGGAGACAAAUCACAUCUUCAAUCUGAAGAGAUUUACAUGAAACUAGAAGAAUUAGCCCAAGAGUCGACAUUUGCAGCAUACUUGCCUGAUACUUCCGAAUUAUUGUUCGAGGCUGGGGAUGCCUACAGUGUGGCUAACAGAUUUGUCCGAUUGUCGGGACACCCAGGAACAAAGAACUGGAAGAGCACAGUCAGGUAA